AUGCAUGCUACACUUGAUGGUCCAACUUCCUCGGCGACUGACAUCGCGCUGUCCCCCAGCACGUCCGCUCUGUCCGCAUCUCCUCCCCCCGCGGUCUCCGGCUCCCCCAAUGAACACGGACCCUCCCCUCUCCGCCGCCUAAAGUCCAAAUCGUCUCUUUGGAGUAUUGGCAGUAGCAAUCAAGACGACGAAUAUUUGCCAGAGCCUACCAGCGCCGAAAAGAAUUCAAAGCCGAGCAUCUUUCGUCGCUUAUCGCCCGCCCUCGCAGCUCGGGUGAAGCUGCUGGACGGCAGCUCCAAAAACAAUAACAACAGCCGCAACCCCGGCGCGGUUGGUCGGAUUCCGGAGGAGCAUUUGAAGGAACUGGAUGACUUGCACCAAGACCUGUCUAUCAAAGUUGAAAGGAGAGGUCAAGCCUGGGCUGGCCAGGUGCCCACAACUCCGGACGAAACACCGACCCAAAAGCGCACCGCGUCGAACAGACUAGAGCUACCUAGUCUUGAUCUCCUUCAGAAAGUCUCCGACGCGCGCGCGGAGGGCGCAGAAUACACCGACGUCGUCGUCGACCUCCCAGAACCACCUCCCACCACUGACAUCCAUGUCGGUCGCAGAGCCCACUCCCCUCCCCCUCCCCCUCAGCUGGGUGCUGGUCCGGAACCAGUAGCUCUUCCCGGAAAUGAUGGGCCACGGGAUACACGUACCGACUUUGAGAAAUAUGUUGAUGACACUAAACGCAACGAGGAGCAGUCCGCUCCUUCUCCGCCACCAAAAGACUCCCCUCGCGGCCACACCUAUAGCCUCUCCUCUUCCUCCAAUCCACAGUCAUAUUUCAAUGCGAUGAACUCACAGCGCCCCGAAUCAAUAUACUCCUUCUCCCGUGCCUCCUUCAGCAACCAACUCUCCCAGCUUACCUCCAUACCACUCCCUCAACCUGCGGCGCUCGAGACAAGUAUAAAGAAUAUACAAACCGCGCUUCUGGCGGUCCGCACACUGAACGGCCACGCUGACCAAAUCCAAUUCUGGAUCAGAAAAGCAUUCGACGUGCUCAGUGGGCUGGAUUCCGAGGAUGAUGUGGAGUGGGCGGCAGCGGGUGGUCGAGAGGGCCUUGAGGGAGUGGACAAGGCGAUCACCCGAUUUGAAUCUUUGGUCAACGUAUAUGUGAGCGCGAUUGAGAAUGUGCAGCUCCGAGACGACGUCGCCACUGUCGACAACGAGAAUUUGAAGACUAUCGUCAGUCAGAUGGAGAGCAUUUUGCAAAACUGGUCGCAAAUCAAGAACAAGCUUCGAGGUGUGAAACAACAAGUAGAGUUGGCCAUGGAGUGGGAAGAACUUUGGUCCAACGUACUUGGCGAUGUGGGUAUGGAGAUUGACAAUCUGAGUGGGAUGAUUUUCGAGAUGGAGGAGAAGAGACACGAGGCUCUAAUGGGCAACGGUCCUGAAGCGACCGGUGGUGUUGACAUCAACGAGCUUGAGACAAUAGUCGAAGAAUCCCCAUCCAAAGGCCGAUCGAUCUCUCAUAAUCGAAUGAGUCUCGGUGCUAUUAUGGCGAGCGCUUCUAAUACGCCUAUCAUCAAGACCCCUCAGGACGACUCGACUGCCAAUCUCAUGGCCCUGUUUGCCCGCAUGCAGCCCCUUCGUGCCUCUCUGGAUUUCUUGCCAAUGCGACUGUCUAUGUUUCAAUCUCGGGCCAACAAGAUUUUCCCAAGCGCCUGCGAUGAGCUGGAUGACCGGCGAGAACGUCUAGAGAAAAGCUUCCAGGUUCUACAGACUGACUCCGAGGCGUUGCAAAAAGAACUUGGCGAGGACAAGUGGAUCAUGGUAUUCCGCAAUGCAGGAGGUCAGGCGCAGAAGAUGUUUGAGUCCGUGGAGCGCAGUCUUUCUAAACUCCAAGAAGGGUUGGAAACAAACGCACCUGUCAACGAUCCUGCGACGUUUGUCAAGCGAAUGGAUACCUACGAGACAAAGAAGAUGCACUAUCUACCUGCGAUUGAGCGCGUGGUUACGAUCAUUCAAAAGGGUAUCAAUGACCGUCUAACACUCAAUGGUGAGGUCCUGCGGCUGCUAUCUGAUAUGAAAUCGCGAACGGAUGCUCUCAAGGCUAGUGUGAGGGUGAUGGAUGCGUCUCUGGAAGACGUUCAGAUUGCCAGAGGUCCGCAGCUACGUGAUUCCAUAUCCAGUAUCGUCACCAUGGAUAGCCCAGCUGCGGGAAGUGCCAUUGACACCCCUGGAAGCUCACCUGCGUCGUCUGUCGUUCUUGGGGGCAGUUCAUAUAAAACACCGCUGGGUGGAUCAAGUCGCCGCGAAAGCUCCGUCGGUAGCGCCACGACACGCUCGACCAUGUCCCACGUUCGAAGGUUUUCAGGUCUACCACAACCGCAAACCACUGGACGUAAAUCUGCUAUUCCCGUCCCUUCGGGCAUGGGAUCUCCGCCACCAUCCAAGCACAGCUAUGCAACUACCCCGACACCAGCAAGUCGCAGAUUGUCUCGCACUCCACAACCACCGUCCACGAUUCCCAACAGGCCGCGGUGGAAUCCUAGUUUUAACACGCGGGAUGUGGAUACUGGUCACAACUUUAAACCCAAUUCCAUCGGCAAUCGAAACUCGUCUGCUCCAAUGCGCACGCCCCGGCCAUCAUCGACGAUGGCGUACCGACGCGAUAUGUCUGCUUCUCCAGCUCCUGGCGCUGGACCUGGCGGUCGCUCGAUGAGUCGUCUUUCCAGUCGCCUAGCUUCCUCAUCCCGAAGUCCUUCACGGAAUAUUUCCUCUCCUACUCCCGCUAAAUCUUCCCUUCUCGACCCGCCUCCCUACAGUCGACUUCGUCGAGCCUCCGGUGUCUCGAACACGUCCGGCAUGUCGAACACGCCACGCAGUCGACAGAGUUUUGCCGGGGUGAGCUCCUUCAGUCGCAGCGUAUCAUCGGCUCAAGAACAAAUGGCUAGUCCGACCAAGUCGACCCGUCCUGGUACUGCGUUAGGCCAUUCCGGAAACAAGCGCAUGAGCUUGCUACCCUUGCCGACGCCCAAGGAACGCACCGCUGCGCAAAAGAGGCUUGACGCACGACCGCCAUGGCGAGCAUGA